AUGACCCCUGACUCGUCGACCAAAUCGACGCCCUCCUCCCAGACCCUCCAGAACAGUCCCCGCUCCAUGACGGAGCCCGAGGCUCCUCCACAACCCAAGUCGGACAACGUCCCCUCGGCGAAACAGAAGCGCGUGAGGACCGGAUGCUUGACCUGUCGCGAACGACACCUCAAGUGCGAUGAAGCCUUACCCAACUGUCAGAAUUGCCUCAAAUCCAACCGCAAAUGCAAGCGCGGCGUGCGUCUCAACUUCAUCGACGUCCAGUGCCAGAACCCCCCGCACUUGGUCCCGCGCACGCGCGACUGGAAGAUCUCCUUCCAUGAUGACUCGCGUGACAUCGCCUCUGAGUAUGAAGGCGGCCGGGAGAGGUAUCAACCCCCAGAACCAGAGCCCAAACGGCGGAAACUGGACGUGACGGGGAUGACCUACGACUAUAGUCAGAUAGCCGCUCCUGCCAUGUCUCACCAGCAGCUCCCAGCUCACCAGUCCUACCCUCACUCUUAUGCCGAGUCGGCCCAAGCCAUGUAUUCCAACCCUACCACGCAAGCCUAUGACGAUGGUUCCAACGCCCUCGGGGCUUACUCAGACGCAGCUCGAGCGAUGAGACAAUCAUAUCACCAACAGACGAUGCUUACCCCUAUUGAUCAAGAACAAGGUUCUUCUCGCCUAGAGGAUCGGAACGAGGUUCUGUACAUGCAGGUAUAUGUGGAAGAGGUGGGUUUGUGGAUGGACUCGAUGGAUGCGGAGAAGCACUUCUCUCGGCUGAUACCCUUCCAAGCACUCAAAGAACCUAUGUUGAAAUAUGCCUUGCUGGCUUGCGGGGUCCGACACCUCACCUUGGUUAACUCGGCCUACCCAGAAGAGCAUGCAUUGAAUUACUACAACAACGCGACGCAGUUACUCCUGAAAGCGCUACAGAAUCCCGAUCGAGACAGCGUGCUGUGCGCCACUACAGCCACCAUCCUCAAUGUCUACGAAGUCAUGUCUGAGAAAGCUUUGCAGCGGAUGAACCAUAUCGCCGGUGCCCGUGCCCUCAUCAAGGAGUGUCGAUGGGAUGCCACCUCAACGGGCAUCGGGGCAGCCUGCUUCUGGUUGAAUGUCGGACUAGAACUGUUUAGCUGCUUGCAUUUUAAUUGGGCCGUGGCUUGGGACCCGGACACUUGGGGGAUCGACAUUGCCAUGACCCCUCAGCUUGUUCCCGGACAUGAGGAAGACUGGGCACACAGGAUGCUGUGGAUUCUAUCGAAGAUCACCAAUUUCCGGUCCGAGACCCAGCGCCGAUACCACGACAGCAAUGUCCACACAGAACAGAUGCGCUUGCACCAGCGAAACAAGCAGUGGCUGGGUUUGAAGUUCUUCUGUGACCGGUGGCAUGAGUGUGUGCCGCCCACAAUGCAUGCUCUCGCAUACGUUCCGCCUCAGAUGACGUCCUCUAAAAGUGCAUUUCCUGAGAUCUGGUUCAUCAAGAGGACUACCAUCGUCGCGAGACUCUUCUAUCAUACGGCCAUGGCGCUGCUUGGUUCAGUCCACCCGUUGGCCAGCAUGCACCCUCAGAAAGCAGAGGAGAUGCAGGAAAUGAGGCUCCAUCACUCGAGGCUGAUCUGCGGCAUUGUCGCCCACGUCAAGGACCGGGGAGUAGCUUCAGCCUCGAUCCGCUGUCUGGCGGUGGCUGGCGAGAACCUGACCACCAGACGGGAACAGGAAGAAGUGCUGCAGAUUUUUGACCGCAUCAAAAAGGAAACGGGCUGGCGCGUCGACUCGAUUCACGAUGAGCUUCGGGAGAAAUGGGGUUGGACCAGCGUUGGUCAAGACUACGACACCAUGAGCUCAGCGUCAACGUACUAUGCUCCCUCGAGACCUUCCGCGGCUUCGAACACCCCGAAUGCAACGCCGCCUCGUCCCAAAUACCCCAGCGGUAUCGUGAACCCGCUGUACCAAAAUGCCGAUUUCUCAGCUCAGAACCCGCCGUAUCAAGGGAACUACGUGCCUCCCGCACCUGGACAUGUUAUGCAUAACAACACACAGAUGUAUGGGUUCUCCGGUAUUACAGCCAUUUGA